AUGGAAAGUAAGUUUAAGACCUUAAACUAAAAAUAAAAUGAUAAUGUCUGUUCCUAAAAUCAAUUUAUCAGGACUGGACUUUUGAAAGAUCUGUCAUUAUCACCAGCAAGACAUUUAGCCUCGUCUUUAUCUCUGCCAACUCUAGGUCCGGUGGGGUUUGGGAUGACUUUGCCGACUUAAUCAGUGAUUAAACUACCUGCAAUAGACCCACUUCUAUAAUCAGCAGGAUUGCAAACAAUUAAUGCUAAUCCAUUGAAUGCUGCUGGAAAUCCAAUAAAUCCUCCACCUGUACCGCUAAUUCCUCCAUCUUUAUUUAGUUCAGUACCUUCUUUACCUGAACUGAGGAAUCCACUAUUUUCAGACUAAUAUUGGAGAGGAGGAAAGUAUGGCUGGCUUGGUGGAGAUUAUUUAAGAGGUGGCGAUUACUAUAGAGGAGAUUUUGCUAGAGGUCGUGGCAUUCAUGGCUUAUUGCCAGGAGAACUUAAUGAUCCAGAGAAGAUUAAAAAGGCUUUAUAUAGACAUGAUUUGAUACAUUAGAUGGAUGAUAAUAAACUUAGAAGGUAUGAUCGUUAUAAUAAAAGCAGAUUAGAAAAUGAACUUGAGGAGGAAAGAUUAAGAAGAGAGAGAGGUUAUCUAGACAAUGGUUAUGGCUAUGAUAUCGGAGAAAGAAGGCGUAGAAUAAUGGAUAAUCAAGAAAGAGCAGCCAGGUAUUUAAAGGAAGAUUGGCAUCGGAGAGAUGAGGAUAGAUAUAAGUAUAAAAGUUUCAGGAAAGGAAGUGAGCCAGUUGAAGCCUAUUGGCUUGGAGAUCCUCAUCAUCCACAUGACUCAAAAUAUUGGAAAAACGCGCAUGGUCAACCACCUGAUUGGUGGCAUAAAAAAUAUUGGAGCCAUCCUGGUUGGUGGAAUUCAAAAGAUCCAUACCCUUAUCCGCCAGUAGGAGGUGAUCCAAGACAUAGAGAUUGGUGGUGGUAUGGAGAUAGAGAGGGUCAGUGGAAAGAAAAGGGUUACUGGCAUCAGGGUAAAUGGGUUCCAAUUGAUGUGGCCAAUCACAUCUAAGAGAAAGUGGGUGAAGAAGUUAAGAAACUCAGACAUGAUAUGGCAAAGUAGGAAGUUGACAUGCAGUCAUAACUAAAUGAAAUGAAGAAAUAAGGCCUUAAUGCAGACUUUGAAAGAUAGUAGGCACUUGAAGGGGUAAAGCAGCUUAAGGAAAAGUUGAGUGAUCAGCAACUGACUGAGGAUAUUAGACAUUAGUAUAUGUACAAUCAACUUCUGGAUAAAGUAGUAGAAAAGGACAGUAUGCUUAAGAAAAGUGGGGAUUACUAGUUUCCAGAUAUCAGUAACCCACUUAAUGAUGCCAUUAAGUUUAAGAUUCCCAACUCAAUGAAUACACCAAGGUUUGAUGACAUCAAGUAGAUCUCUAAACCUACCAAACUUUACAAUGAUCUACAUUAAUCCAGCGUGGAGAGAGUAAAAACCAAAGUUAACAUGUUUGAUGCAGACUAUCUUAAUUAAGUUAACUCAAGAAGAUUAGAUUCACUGGACCGAAUGGAUAGUAAAGAGAAACUAAGCAAAGAUAAUCUGGUCAACUUCCUGGAGCAGGAGACUUCUAAGUCUUGGAUCAACUUACAUCAGGACGAUGUCUAGAAUAACUUGCUAAAUAAUGAUAUACUCAGAAGAGAUGAGCUGCCUAGCAUCAGCAACUAUCAAACUCCAUUGAAAGUAGUAGAUAAGUUUAGGGAAUUCCCAAAUGUUGAUGCAAUUCAAGACUAAUAUAGCAAGAUUCGAUCUCCUAGCACUAAUAAUCAAAAGUUUGUAGUGAUGAAUUAUUCCUCAAAGAAAAAUUUAUGA